GGUCGGUCUGUUUCCAAACAAAUAAAUCUGAAAUUGGACCUAGCCUGUGUGUGACUCUCUCCUGGGGUGGAUUGGACAAGCCUCCAGGGGCACGAAACUAGCCGUUUGUGCAACAAUUUGGCGAGCCAGGCAGGAGAGGCUCUUGGCCUACCCUGGGGUCAACGACAGAAGCGGGAAAGGUGUCUGUGAAGUGCGCACCAGACUGAUUUUGGAGUCUGUCACGGUCACUGGGAACGUGAGUCGGGACACCCAGGAGGUUAAAAGGCUCUCCACUGAAUGAGUCACCCAGGCUGAGCAGGGUCCGAAGAGACGGUGCCAGGGUGUUGGCAGGAGUUUGCUGCACCCUUCCAGAGCCUCCCGCUUGAUGCACCGAUCCACAACUUUAAACCGGGUGACCAGGUCCUGGUACAGAAGUGGAGAAAGAAUCCUCUUGCGGAAAGGUGGGAGGGACCCUACCAGGUGCUGCUGACUACACACACAGCUCUUCGCUUAUCAAACAGCGAUAAGUGGACCCAUUGCUCGAGGGUGAAGCCUUUUCAUCAGGAGGACACCAACUCCCAGGGUGUGGUCACUCCGGAAGCUGAUAACACCCGGGAACAAGAAGCCAACAAAUGGAAAAGUGAACCUGCUGGAGAUUUAAAGUUACGCUUGCAAAGAUGUGGGCCCUAGUCUAUUUGUUGAAGCUCUUGUCCCUUUUAGGUAUAUCAAACCCAGCUAUUAUGCCCACCUGUUGUAAGUGUCCCCAAAACGGGGGUGGAACCCUCACUGAGGCUAACUACAAACUUUCAAAGUCUACAAUACUUAGUGCCCUCCUGCAACCCAUUUCCCGGUGCUGCCCGUGUCGAGAAAUUAUAAUUCAAUCCGGCGAUACAACACCGCUGUGUGUAAAGCCAGACCCAGAAAUCUGGUCUGCAAUUCUCAAAGAUUGGCCUUCAAGCCUUCAACCUGUCAAUAAUAUAUGGGAACCUAAAGGCACACCUACAAAUACAUGGGUGGGAAAUUCAUGGGUGGCCCUUCUGAAAGACUCAGCUCGGGCUCUAACUAACGAAAGUUGUCUUUUGUGCGCACUUACUCCUGUUUCUAGUGAUGAGAGAGUCCCUUUCUUGCCUAUCCCCCUCAAUAGAACUGGUAUAGUCUCAGAUUGGGGUUUUAACCGGAAUUUCUCUUUGCGAUAUAAUGGUUCUGGGAGAAUUAUGGUGGCAAAAGUUACUGGAUCUAUUUGCAUUUCCCAACACGGAAGUGGAUUUAAAGUGGGACAGUCAAGGUGCAAGGAAACAUGGAUUUCUAAGGAAAUCGCCCCCUGGGAAGGUGCAUGGACAUGCGCAAAUGUCUCAUAUAACAAUUUUGACAAUUGUAACUGCCUAUUGAGUAAGGAGUGGAUUUCAGUUUGGGGCAUUAAUUGUACCCACUAUCGAAAUGGUACCAAGGUGAAUGGGAGUUCAACAAAAAGAAGCUCACUAACUCUAACUUUAAAGAGCUCUCGUUCCACCAUCACAAAUGAAGCCUGUGGGCUAUGGUGGAUUUGUGGGCGAUGGGCAUAUAAACAGCUUCCCGCCAAUUGGGCUGAGACUUGUUAUUUGGGGGCUUUAAUUCCGGGUGUUUGGAUAACACAACCCAAAACUCAUCGAGCCAAACAAAAUACUGAUGUUUCUUUUAAGGACAUUACAGCAGGGGGAGCCUUCUGA